AUGGCGGCUCGCACCUUUGACAAGUCCAACAUCACUCUGUCCGCCGUGGUCGCGGCCCCUGCAGGAUGGCCACUGCCCGUGGGCAACAAGAACUGGACCGAUGGCCAUUUUGACCUGAAGGCGACCGUCGAAUACGGCACCAAGUUGAUCGCCGAGGCGCGCGGAAACGGGGCCGACCUCGUGGCUUUCCCUGAGCUCUGGUUCCCUGGGUAUCCCAAGUCUCUUGAAGCCAAGUGGAUGUUUCCCCUUGUCGAGGAGUACGUCGCCAACUCCUUGGUGGUCGACUCCGACGAGUGGAAGGCCUUGCGAGACGCCGCUCGCGAGAAUGCCAUCUACGUCUCCUUCGGCUUCAGCGAACGCGCGGGAGACUUCAUUUACAUGUCCCAGGCGCUCCUCGGCCCCGAGGGCGAGGUGCUCAUCAACCGUCGCAAGCUUAGGCCAUCCGGCACGGAGAGGGGACUCUGGUCCGACGGCAGCGAUGACGGGCUGAUGGUGGUCGACACCAAGAUCGGGCGCGUCGGUAUGCUGCAGUGCUGGGAACAUCUUCGCCCCACCAUGACCUUCAACAUACAGGCCCAGCUACCGAACAUCCAUGUCGGCGCAUGGCCUUACAAUCAGAACCCCGGAACUGCUGAUGUCGAAAACUGGGAGGACGUCGACGUCGCCUAUUCGGCUCUUCGUCUCAUGUCAAUCUUGACCAACGCAGUGACGGUGACGCCCAGCAUCGGGUACGGCUUCAUCAACCAGUUCACCACCCUCCUCGCCCAUUCAAACUCCAACACCACCGCGCACCCCAACGACGACCAAGACUACGCUCCUCUCAUCUACUCUUCCGUCAACGGAUCGAGUUGGUCGAAUCAGUCCUACGACAUCGACGGAGAAGUAUCAUGGGGCACGCUCAAGCAAAUUGAGGAUGGCUUCCCCGAGUACAUCCCCAAGGUCUGCUCCCCCCUCCUAACCCUUUCCACGUACCCAACGACGGGCGAGCCGCUAACCACAUCAUCUCCAGGAGAACGGCAGCUUCGUCGCUUUCAGACAACGGUUGAGCCUCCCUCCACCUCCGUCGCUACAGGAACGCUCCUUGUCACCGCUACAUCCGUACCCACGGGGACCAUCUCGAGUGGCGCGGCGAGUGCGGGAAUGCCCGCAGCAGCGCCGGCUGUGCUACAGCUCGCAGCGGCACUGGUGACCGUUGUAUGCUACCUCUGGUAA